AUGGCUGCCAAAGCAUUAAUAACAAGCGGAGUAAGACGUCGUAUUGGGGAUGGAAAGUCUACCUUAAUAUGGGAACAUCCCUGGCUUCAGGAUGAGCUGGAACUAAUGGUCCAAACAGAGAUGCCACCUCAGCUAACUGGUGCAAAAGUUGUGGGAUUAAUUGAUCAAAAUACUGGUACAUGGGAUCCCCACAUUUUAGACAUUUUCCACCGAAAUGAUAUACCAAGAAUUUUAAAGAUUCCGGUCUCACCAGGAUAUGAGGAUAUAUGGUAUUGGUAUGAGGACCCAAAUGGAUGCUAUUCAGUAAAGAAUGGAUACAGGCUAAUGGUGGGAACUUAUGAGAAUAAUACUGCUAGAAUAUUAUACAAUAUUUGGAGAGCCCGGAACGAUGCCGUUUGGAAUGCAUGUCUGCCAAGACCGGAGAAGAUUAUCGCGACUGCCGUGGCGUCCGUGCAUGCGUGGCAGCAGGUGCACUCGGCUGCCCCCUCACAGUCGGUCGGUCUCGCCUCUGCCGACCUGCUGCCACUGCCGACAGAACAGCAGGCUGCCCCUACUGCCGAGACACAACCAGCACUACCAACGUCUCCCGUUGUCGCGGCUGGAAUGGAAGCAGUGCCACGGAUGUGGUGUUUCGUCGAUGCCGAGUUUCGGCCUCUCUUGAAGACCGCCACAGUUGGAGCGGUGUUGUUCGAUGCGUAUGGCGGAUACGUCUCAGCUUAUGCCGCACCCUUACAAAACUGUCUCUCACCGCUUAUGGCCGAGACGCAAAGUUUUGUCAUGGCUCAGGGCACGUGGCGAACUGUCAGUUGA